AUGUCUACGAUCUGGCAGUCGCUUCUCAGCAUUCUUCGCCUCUGGUUCGAAAUUUGUUCAGACCUAAAAAGCAAUAUAAAAGAAAUAAAGACCGAGGAACAGGGAAAGAAACAGAAAGACAGAAAAUAACAAAAAUUCAAUUCUAUAUGCCCGACAUCGAGAUCGAGAUGUGUAUAUGAACGCAGUUCCUGCUCGUAGAUCGUCCAUAGUAGCAUCGUUGUGUUCCUCAGUUCCAAAGUUCAAAGAGACUUGGUGAAUUGCAAACUCAAAGCGAGAGAAAGAGUGCGUGAGAAAAGAGAGGAAACCGAGAGGAACAUCAGCAGCGGCCAAAAAACAUUUUCAAAAUGGUGCUACAGAACCACAACACAGUGGUGGCCCGUUCCACAUUGACGCCGAAUAGCAGUAGCCAGAAUUUUGGUUCCCGCUCGUUGGGACACCACGGCGGAUCGGCCAAUGGAGCGGGCUCUGGACGUAGUCCUUUGAAUGCCGGACCCAGCACCCAGCGUCCCAUUGUGGACCUCCUAGUGGCCAUGGUGGCCGUGCCGGUGCUUAUCCUUUGUGCCCUGCAGCUGGAGAAGAAUCUGCGAGACAAUACUGUGGAGUCACGUUGGCUGGUCUUCGCCUUGGGAAUCGGAAUGCUGGUGAUCAGUGUGAUAAUCUGUGGAUAUGUUACUCACCGCAUGGGCGUAUGCAUUUGGGCGGGACCCAUCGAUGAGGCGGGCAAUCGUGCCACCAAUGGAGGCAUGCCACAUAUCAACUCCCAGAACGAUGUGCUGCGCAUUGUGGACUCACUGCCACCGAGCUACGAUAGUGUGGUGAAGUUUGAAUUACCGCCGCCGGCCUACGAAUGCCUGGUUAUAGACAUGGAUCAGUCCAAGGAGCUGGAGCCGCCACAGACCUCCGCCAAGCCAGGUGCUAGCGGAGGAUCGACCUCCACACCCGGAGCCACCCUUCACAUCUAGGGCAAUGGAGCAGUAGAUGGAGGAGAGAGAAUUAAGAGAUUUUUUCCCAACUGGCAGCGCAACGGAUUUCUGUACUUGACCCACUUAAAAAACAAAUCUAUACCUACGAUUUCGAUAGGUGGUAUACUUGGCAACUCUAGUUUUCUAGUGUUUUUUUUUUUUUUGUAUUUAUAACAACGAAAGAUAUGCUUUUAGAAAAGAAAAAAGGGAAAGAAAAAAAAACUAGAACAUACAGCUAUAUACCGCCAUAUCUAUCCGUAUGAAUAUUGUAAAGUUUGGCUAACUGGUAGCUCGGCAAAAGCAUUAUGGCAUUGUAUUUACUUUGAUUUUAAGCAGCUAGUAUUUUAACUCGUAGAGCCCAUUAAUAUCAAAUAUUUUCUCUCGCAUUGUACAUAGAGUUCUUUGAAACACAGCAUCUAGUCCAAAGUUGUAUAUAUCAUAAAGCCGAAAAAGGAAAAAAAAAAAAACGAAACUACAUGAUGCGCCCAUAGGAACAUUUAAAGAUAUAUAUUAUAUAUACUUAUUAAAUGCCACGGCAGGGCGGGAAUCAAACUACAAAACUACAGGGUAGCACUUAGUCUUAGUCUUAGCUUAAUGCCUGUAUAUAAUUAUGUAUAUUAUGAUUAAAGAUAUUUUUUUAGCCAUAUCGUAAUAGCGAUGUCGAUUGCCAACGGAAAUCGUUCAGUGUUGCUUUCCAAGAAAUAAAGAAUUCCUAUUAAGUUUA